AUGAUCCCCGGCUGUGUCGACUCGCUCACUCUCUAUCCCCCCCCCACCCCGGCCCUCGACGAGCUCCUGCUGCGCCACUUUGCGGCGGAGAUCGAGGCCCGGCACGGAGUCGACGCGCUGGCGGGCGCGCGGCUCCGCGCCGCGUGCGAGGGGCUGCGGCGCGUGCUCUCGGCGAACAGAGACGCGUCUUUCUCCCUCGAGUGUUUGGUCGGCGAGACGGACGCGCCGCUGCUUGGGCGGGUGCGGGAGGCGUGCUGCGCGGCGCUGCGCGGCGCCGGCCUCGAGCCGCGCGACGUCUACUCCGUCGAGAUGUUGGGAGGCCUCUCGAGGAUGCCUGCCGUCGGGGAGGCCGUCUCUACCUCCUUCCAGAUGCCGACGCGCCGCUCGCUCAACGCGGAGGAGGCACGAGAUCUGGGGAGAGAUGGGGAGAUGUUCCGCUUCUAG